GCCAAUGCCUAGCUGACCUGCGAUAUCCUGCGGCAAUGGAGAUCUGCGAUCGUCCUGAGCAGCUGAAGAUCUGCGAUCCGCAGCAAGACCUGGAGAAGCUGGCGAGCGAGUGCAAGGACUACUCGGGAGAGUUGCUUCGACGACAGGCUCUGAAAAGCUCUGGCGGUCUCCUAUCUGGAUGGAACCAAGAGUGGUGCUUGUUGACCCACAACUUCCUUGCUUUCUUUGUCUCACGCACUGACCUUGCGGUGAAGCAGUGUUUACUUUUGGCAUCAGUGCAGGAUGUGAAGCAGGAUGGACGCACCUUGCAGAUAGUGCUGCAUGAGGGCAAAGAGGAACUCUUGCGCUCGCCAGAGAAGAUGAGCAUGGACGGUUGGUGUGACGAAAUCAGGCAUCGCUUGGAGAAGCUUCGAGCAGAUGGUCAAACGAUCAUGCCCUGCCUGAGUGUUGCCGAGGCGAAAGGCUGGGCACAGGAGGCCUUGAGAGAACUUUCGGCAGAAGGACAGCACCAGGAUCACCAAGCGGAGCAGCAGAUGCGGGAAAGACGAUAUCAGGCAUUCGCUUUGAUGCUGCAAGCCACCCUUUUGGGUCGGAUACGAUCUGUCCAACGUCGGGCCUUCACCGAUCUUGCCCUCUAUUCCAGGAUCCAAGGCCUACUGCAAUCACAACGAAAUGCUGCAGCCUGCCGGCUGUGGCGGGCAAUCAAGCAGCCUUGCUGGCGUCAAUGGGAGAGGUUUGAAGCUCUGCAGGAGUUGGAGCCACAGAUCAUGGAGACCAAACAAGUCUUCAACGGACAGGUGCUGAGCCGCCGCGUGAAAUCAAAGCUGCUGACGUUUUGUACUUUGCAGGUGGAGUCGCUUGGUCAAGUGGACCUUUGCUUCGCUGCCACUCUCAUGGAUGAGUCGAAGGUGCCAUCCCCGAAGCGCCGCAAUGAUCUGCCAGUUGGUCUUGAAAUUCAGGUUGAAGCGUUGUCCGCCCCCCGCGUUCGCCCCGAAUUCCUGGUGCGUUGCUGGCGUCCAGCGCCGGAGUCGGAGCCAGUGGAGUCAGAGCCAACUCUGUCGCUGCCCGUGCACUUGGCCAAAAAGGACCAGGUGAAUCGACGAGCCAAAGAACAGCUCGCAGGCUGGGGAAAAAAUGGUGGGGGAUGCUAG